AACAAAAAAAAAUGAGAGAAAGUGGCGUAGCUUAUCUUCUUUGGUUAGGUUGUUGUAUUGGAUUCUUCGGUUUGCACCGUUUCUAUUUGGACUCUGUCAUUUUGGGUGUCAUCUGGUUCUGUACUGCUGGUUUGUUCGGCUUUGGUCAAUUGAUUGAUCUUAUCCUCAUCCCAGGUAUGGUCGAUGAAUGUAACCGUAAAUAUGGUACUCCACAAGUUACCACUGCUGUUACCAACGUAACAACUUAUCAAACUCAACCACAAGUCCAACAACCAUACGUCCCACCACAACAAGCAUAUUAUCCACCACAACAAGGUUAUGUUCCUCCACAACAAGGAUAUGCUCAACAACCUGCUGUUAAUGUUUAUGUUCAACAAUAAAUAUUAUUAAAUAAUUUUAAUUAU